CUAGUUUAAAAUGCCCCUUCCGCGGCUCUUCCUAUUUCUUCUCUGGCUUUCUCUGCCCUUUCUCUUACCCUCUGUUCGUCUCUGAUGAAAUACUAAAUUAUAUCUUUCCGAUUUCGAUGAUGGAGGUCGUAGCAGUUGCUUCUUUUCCGGUUGUUUUCUUCAAUGGAGAACGUGAGAUCGAGCUAGGUAAUGUUGAGAUCCAUCCUUCCUUAGGUUUCAAGAAACUGCAAUCGGUGAUUUGUCAGAUGAUCGGAAUCUCUCCUCAUCAGAUCUCCAUAUCGUUAAUCCGUGAGAAGGUUUCAAGAUCGUCAGAUAAACGCCGCAGAUUACCAGUUACCGACAAGACAGAUUUUGCUGCAAUCGUGAAAGAGGAAGAUUGUUUCUUGUAUAUUAAGCGAUUGAAGAAGGAAAGAAGGGGGAAACUUCGUCAGAGUAUGGGAGAAAAAGAUUACUUAUCUCAUCCGAUCGCUGAAAAAAUGGCUGCUCCAGAGAAGAUACUCCGACGGGAUCCUGGGACUAAACCACCGCAGUACGGGUUGGUUUCGCCGUAUUUCAAUCAGAUUACAUCGCCGGAGUUUCUUUACAGAGGGGAAAGGUUGGGGUUUGGGCUGGUGGAUUAUGAGAAUCAGUUGCAGAACUUGCAGGCGCAGAGAGAGAAGUAUCUGAUGUCAACCGCCGCUAAUCCUUAUGCGUACAGAGACUGGGAAGAUGGUUACAUGUUCGAAAGGCCGAAUGGGCGUAACCAGGCGGUGGUCUCGAAUGUCGUCUGCCAGGUGUGUUCGGCUGCGAAUGGAAAGCCUACAGCGUUCCAUUGGUGCGUGUAUGACACGGUCACUGUGGGGUUUCGGUCGCCGGCAGGUCCCGUUGCAAGGCCAACCAAAGUCAAGAAUAAGCCCUGCAAUUUACAGAUAGUUUGUGUCGGAUGGAAAUUUAUAAGGUGUUGGUUCCUCCAUGUUUCGCUGUUCCAUUGGAUAUUUUGAUGCACUAUUAUUGUUCUUGUUGGGAGAGAAGCAUAGAUAUAUGUGAGAUAUAUGGUGGCAUGGUGCGAUGCUAUUGGUUUGCGUAAUUGAUCUUUGGACGUUUCUCUAAAAAUAUCUCAACAGCGACAGAUAGCAUUUUGAGAAUAAAUAGAUGAAAUCCCCUGCCAUAUUUGAUCGAACAAUUUGUGGGUAUAAAUGAAGAACCGGACUGAAUAUGCGUAUUUUUUGGGCAUAAUAAAAGGAACUGAAUAUGCAUCUAAACAAUGUUAUGAGGUCUCACUGUUCAGUCACUGUGUCGUCUGAAACCCUAGUUGAAAGACAAGAAAUAUGAACUUGUCUCCUUUUCUGGUGUCUUCCCUUGCCUGAAGACUUGUUGGUUCCACCAAUUUGAAAGACGCUACACUGCUCAGUCUCAUGUGCCCUAGCGCCAGAAGACAAUAGAACCGUGGUUAGGGUUGGAGUUUCUAGUGAUAGGGUUCCUACUCGAAAAAACAAGAAGGAGAAUGGGGAGGAGGAAGAUACAAGAACUUAUGUGGGAAAGCAUUCUAUAGAUGCGAAGCUGAAGUGACUACUCAAAAGAACACAAAGAAUGAGAAAAUAUCACAUUCCAGGGUGGGACGAUUUCUUGAUUGCGUUUCAGAAUUUUGUGAAUAGAAUGUGUAUUAAACGGUGUAUUUUUACAAUCCAGAAUGCAUACCAGACUUUUGGCCACUGCAA